UUGUCAAAAAAUAAAAAAUAAAAAAAUAAAAAAUUGAACUUGUCUCGCGCACCAUAAAAGUUGAAGGAGGAUUGGGUGUGGAUCUUAUCUGCAACAUACAUUUGCUGUUAACAAGAGAAAACAAAGAGAGUGCUAAAAAUGCUGAGCCUCUCCGUUGCUUCACCUUUUUCUUCUUCAACGAUUUCCUUUCUUCCAAAACCCUUACAAUUCAGAACUUCCUUUAAUGGCAUUCGGUUACGUCACCCCGGCACGUGCACAAUUCCAUCGACGAAACGUGCCGCUUCGGUCUCAGUGGUGAUGAUGGCAAAGAGAGAAGAGGAAUUGAAGGAAAUAAGAACGAAAACCACUGAACAAAUCAAUGAAGAGGUUAUGGAACUUAAGGGAGAGUUACUCAUGCUUCGCCUUCAGAAAUCUGCUCGCAAUGAGUUUAAGUCCAGUGAUUUCCGUCGCAUGCGCAAGACGAUUGCUCGCAUGCUUACUGUGAAGCGGGAAAGAGAGAUUGAGGAGGGAAUAGGUAAGAGGUUGUCCAGAAAGCUUGAUAGAAAAUGGAAGAAAAGCAUUGUUGUAAGACCACCUCCAUCUUUAGUGAAGCUUCGGGAAGAGGAAGCAGCUGAAGAAGCUGCGGAAGCUGGAAAAGCUGCAUGAGCCAACACAUUAAAUAUGCAAGUUAUAGAGUUACGUGGUUAAAUUAUUGUUGUUAGUCAUUGUUUUUAUUGUUUUGGUGGAUGUUGUCAUCUUGUUGUAUAAUAUCUUGGUUGUAGUGAUCAACGUUUCUUCAUGCUCUAAGGUUUUAUUUAUGCCUUGUAUUUUGUAAGAAAAGAGACAUGAUCAAAAUCAUGGUUCACCGCCUUCAAAUUAGGUAAACAAUUUUUUUAUC